AGCGCCCUUCAACAACUCGACGGUCUCUAUCUCCCUCCCUUCACCACCCGCCCGCGCAAUGCGCACACGCACCUCCAACCGUCAAAAGCGCUACACGGUCGAAAAGUACGACUUUGAUAGCAGCUCUGAUGAGGUAGCGACCGCCACGCCGUCCCGCCGGCGGCGAAAGGACCCCGACGAGCAGGACGCAAACUUUGACGAUGCCGCCGACGAGCAUGCGCCGGACGAGGACGACGGCAGCGACGAGGCGGUCGCCUUUGACGAAGAUGGCAUGGCCAUUGACGAUGAAGAAGACGGCGAGAAUGACGAUGCCGCCUCCGAUGCGCCCAAGAGACGACGCGACCCUGUUUCUGCUGCGCGCAAGCCCGCCCGCCGCAAUGCCCCCGUCAGGUCCGGCGGCGGCAGUGGCAUCCGCACCUUGUCCCUCGCUACGGCGCAGUACCGCGACGUGGAGCCCGUGCCGCCGGACUCUCAUGCGGUCAAGACAUACAGCGGGCCGUACGAGCGCGCGAUCCGCGGGCAGUCGCUGAUCCAGAUAUGGUACGGGCCGAACCCGGACGCGGUGCGCACGACGCAGCGCCUGCUGGACCGCUGGAUCCCGUGGCCGGUCCUGCCGCCAAAGGUGCUGGACGAGGAGGACCCCCAGGGGCUGCCGGAGAGGGGCGUGUGGGCGCCGGGCUGCAUUGACAGGCAGUUUGAGCUGGGAAAGGCGUGGAGUGAGAGGUGGAAGGGCGCCCGAGGCAGCGAUCCGCCGCAGAUGAGGACGCUCUCGGCGGAGGAGGCGGCACCGUAUCAGCCUGUGGAGGGUGCACUGCCCGUCUUUAUGGGCCCGUACUUGAACCAGACGGUGGUGCAGUUCGCACCCGGCGAUGCCGUCGCGAUAUCACAGAAUGGUAUCCCCUUCGACCGAGAUGAGGACAAGACCAAAGUUCCUGCGGGCUGGAUGCUGGAUACGGGCGGCGUGGUCGUCGGCAUGGACUGGGCGCCGCGACAGGGCGAGUCUACCUCGCAGGUCCUCGCCCUGGCGGUGAUACCGCGUGCGGACCAUGACACGUACAAUUACGAGGAGGAGCAUCAGAGGCCAGGCUUCGAGCGGCAUGGCACGGUGCAGGUCUGGGAGUUUUGUGGCGAGAGGACAACCAAGGCCGACAUGGCGAGGCCCCUGCCUGCCGCGCCCAGGCUACUGAGGACGCUGUGCCUGGACUGCGGGAGAGCUAGGAGGGUCAAAUGGAGUCCAGGAGUCGAAAGCUUGCUGGCCAUUCUCUGUGGGGAUGGGAGCAUUCGUGUGCUCGAGGUAACGGGAGAGGGUGACGGUUCUUACGAGGAAGUCGAAGCCCCCCUCGCCGUUCUGAGCAUGGUCGACGAGCUAGGUGUCAAGGCCACGGCCAUGGACUGGGUCUCGGUGAAUCGCCUUGUCGCCGGCUACUCGGACGGAUCGGUGGCUCUGUGGUCCAUUUUCCCAACCCGACUCCUCUCCCGCCACCCGGUCCAUCACAGCGAUGUCAUCGCCCUCGCGACGGGCUACCCCUCGGAGCCUUACCUCGCCGCCUCCUUGCCAGUCGGGGGGUCCGUCAAGAUCGUGGACCUGCGCUGCCCAAGCUACGAGACGGCCGAGGUGCAGAUCAACGCGGUCAACACGGAGGCUAACAUGCUCGCCUGGAGCGACCACCUGCAAGGCUUCUUCUCGGCGUAUCCGUCCGCCAACGCGCUCAACACCAUGGUGGGCUUCAUGCACCACCGGCACUUUCCCCUCGUGCGCCGCAUCUUCACGGCCGAGUGUUUUCCGUCGUGCCUCUCCGUGGGGACGACGCACCCGUGCCUGCUCGUCGGCACGACAGACGGGUCGCUGUGGGCGCUGAACCCGCAGUGCGAGCUUUUCAAGGCGCGCCGGCCGCCGACGGACCGCGUGCGGCUGUUGCAGCACGAGCACCGCCCGGCAGAGCAUUUCACUGCGCCGUCUCCGGCGUCCGCCCGCGGCGUGGCGAGGGUUGUCCAGGGAUUCGACAUGGAGAAGAACACGCAUGGCACGGAGACCAGGGCUCCGCCCAAGAAAGGCAACAAGGCGAAGAAGGGCGCGGAUGCAGACGACGGGGGAGGAGCCGGCGACGACGAGCCCGUGGCGCUCAUGGAUCCCUCCCGCGCCGUGGUUCACGAGCUGGGCACGCGCGUCACGGUAGUCAGCUGGAAUCCUAACGACGGAUAUGGAUGCUGGGCGGCGGCGGCGUUUGGGUCAGGCCUCGUGCGCGUCAUGGAUCUCGGGCUGGAAAAUGUUGCCGUUGAUGAGUGAUGUCGGAAUGAUACCCCCGUGAGAUGAUGCUAUUUUCAACCGAGAGGAC